AUGGGUAAAUUGGCGCUUCGAUCCGCUGUUUUUCUUCGAAGAACCACGUCGACCCACGGUUCCUUAGCGCCCACAACUGCGAAGUCGUCAGGCAUUCAGAAAAGAAAAGACGACGAAAUGCUUGAAACCAUCGACAUUGAAGAUUUACCGCGCCCUCAACGGCGCUUCGCCAAGCAGUUCGAGAAAGUCAACGAGGAACGCGUCAAGGAGAUUUUCGCCAAGAAUUAUAAAAAUCACAUCGCCCUCGCCGUUUUACUCUCUUUUGUUGUUGGCAUCUAUUAUUAUACCAUUUACGCAGUGAAGCAGGAGACGUUCCUCGAAGAAAUCGAUCGUGAAAUGGCUCAAGAAAAACCGAGAACACAUGGUCACUUUGCUAGUUCUGACAAAUGAUUUAUAUUCUUCAUAUUUAUCAUUAUAAAUAUCUCUUAGGAUUUUUUGGCUUAAUAGAAACUCAGCUUCUACUUUGAAUUUUUGAAGUUUAACCUUUUUUAUUCUGCCGUCACGAAAUAAUUAUUGAAAAGCAGUGUCUGGGCUAAAUUUUCAAGGAUUUUUUUUUCAAUCUCUAUCACUGGUCGUCGUUGUUCACUGUUACGUUGUUUUCUCGAUAUCUUUCUGAUUUGUUUCUUUCAUAAACCGCAAAUUAAUAAAAAAAAACUUUAGAAAUGAAUACGGAAGAAGCGAUAGUACCCGACGAAGAAGAAUCUUUGAAGGAACACUUGAAGGCACAGAGAGACGAAAUCCAAAGACAGUUGGGCUGCGAAAAGCUGCUAUUAGAGGAAGAAGCGCCGCUUCGCGGAGAUGUCCCGGAUCCGCAGGCCGAAAACGGCGAUGAGACGCCCACUGCACAGGUAGUAUCACGAUACGCUUUCAAAAUAAAGAUUAUGAAAUUUCAAAUUUUUGCCAGAUACUCGUUUUAAGCUUCGUUCUUUUAAAUUUUCUAUUUGAAGAAGAAGUUUAUUAUUUUUGUCAAAGUCAAUUUUGGUAAGAUCUGGAACUCUGAGAAGUUUUUGGGGUAUUCGAAAAUAAGGGGCAAUUAAUUCUUCGGGUUCAAAAAACUUCUUCUUUUUUUCUCAUGGUCAACAUGUCUGCGCGAUAUCACCAAUGAUAAGAGUUGAUAAUAGUUGUCCCAUUGACAGUUUACUUAUCAGCACUUCUCUCUGUAACGCAUUUGCACUAUGCUGAAACCAGAUCUCCAGAAAAAAUAUCCUGCUCCGAAACUCAGAAAUGCAAGUGCUUUCAGAAAUUGUUUUUCGAGGCGAAAUUUUUGUGUUUUUUUGUUUUCUUUUGAUUCAUUGUGUUUUGGGAAUCUAUCCAAAUGUUCAGCUGAUAAUGUGUAUGAUGAAAGUUUUUUAGCCAUAUGAUUUUUUUUUUCGAAGUAAGUUCAAAUCUGUGUUCGAAAAAAUUAAAAUGUAAACGUAAAGUUCUGACUUCAGUGGGGUUUCAAAGAGCUGUACGCCUAGUGCCCGCUCGUAAAAACGAGUAUCUAAAGUUACCUCGGACGAUGAUAACAUAAAAUUGCCUUAUUUUCAGUUUUUACACUCGGUUUGAGUGUCUUUGUGGAAUAAACGAGUAGGUCUAAAAUUUUAAAGUGUCUAGAGAUGACUAUUCAGCAAGGUUAUGCGUCAAAAAAGCAGAUAUUUACUAUCCAUGUCACACUUUUUUUUACUUCUUGGGUUUCGUCAGGAGUUAUUUGAAGGUUUUUGGCAACAUAGAAAAUCAAAAACUGAUUUAAAAAAUCUAAAAAAAAUCUUGCAAUUAUUUUGUGAAAAAAUUGACCGAGAGGAACAAAAAAAACCUCGAAAGUUUUCACUACAGUGUGGUUUUUUUAGAAUCAAGGUUUUUCAGGUGCCGACGAGCGGUGAGAACGGCCUUUUGACGCAAGAGACGAAGCCCGCGAGGCCGUUUAUUCUUCCAGACAGCGCCGUCGUCAAUGCUUCCGACGGCCUAAACAUCCCUCCAGGGGCCACUCCGAUCUCAGUCGCCUCACCGAGAUCCGCCGUCAGUCCGCUACCCAAACAGCCGCCCUCGACGCCGAUACCUCCUGUUCGAAAUAGAAAAAGAAAAGUUGGUUUUUUACUGUUUGUAUCAAGGUAUAGUCUUCACCUGAAUUGAAGCAUCCAAAUAAAAGAAAUCUGUCUGCGCAAAAGUUCCCUGGUAAGGCAUUUGAAGGCGUAAACGUUUUUUUUCUACCUAAAAAGAAACUGAAAGCAGUUUGAAUCGUCUGUUGCGAAAUAAAUCCUUGCUAGCGCCUGGAAUGCUUUGAUUGUUGAGCGACGGAAUACAAAAAAAAAGCGAAAGGCGAAAGUUCAAAUGCAAACAAGAUGCGUCAUUGCGGCAUUGUUUCGCAUGUGGCGAUUCCAUGUCGCGGCCUCGUCUCCGACAAAAACUUCCUCGCAAGGAGAGCCGAUCUCAGAGCUUGCCUCACGGGCAACACAGAGUCUCCGAGUCGAAUUUGUCCAUUGAGAAAGGCUCCAUUGAGUUACAAGAAGCUAUUUGCUUGAAACUCUUUGAAAGUCGAAGUUUUGAAAAUGCGAAACGCCAGGUAGUUUUCCUGCACAUUUCUACAGUUUUUUAAAUUUUUUGAAACACCGUUUCGAAUUUUCAGGUGACCGAAUUGAAAUGCUCUGAAGUCCGAUGGUUCUACCAAGAGCCCAAGGGAUCUUCUUGGAUUCCUUUCAACGGUUCAUUUUUUUCAUUUCUUUUCCGUGAAUAAUAUUGGAUUUAGGGAGAGAUUCGCUGCUUUUGGAAUUGAAGUUUCGGAAGGAGAAAAAUAUCGAGCUUGAUGAUCAAAUGAAAGCUAUUGAGGCUGAAAUGCCCCCGAUCGAAGUUUCGGAUGGAGAGAGCGAAGAAAAGCCGAUGGUCGUCGUUCAAAAUGGACAAUAUCGGUAAAACAAAAAAAAACAUAUCUCUCUCUCUCUCUCUCUGUGAUAAAGCGGUUCUCCUUAAACUAAAAAUCGAAUUUUCAUUUUGUAGUUUCUAUGGCGCUUUUGUUCUUUCGGUAAUAAGUUUUUUUCAAACUGCUGAAAUUCAGAUAUGAAUUUUCAGCGGUUUUGUUAAAGCUAUCACUCUCGAAACUUUCGCAUUAGUUCGAUAACUGAUUUCAUUGCUAAUUGUUGAAAAAAACUUUUCGAGGCUAGGAAAAUCGUUCUCAUCGAAUAAUUGAGUUCCACAUGAUGCUGCCGAAAAGAAAAAAAUAAAUGAGCUUCAGAGUUGACGACGAAAACAUGAAGAUCAUCCCAAUCUAUUGGAAAGAUGACACGAAGGAAAUUCGCCGUGGAACUUGGUUUUCUCAUGUAUGUUGCCGUCUCUUUUUUAUCGUCUAAGUUCCUCGGUUUUAGGAUUAUCAACCCAUCGAAAUGCAACUGAGCGACCAAAUCGAACGCAACCACUUGCAGUAUUUCCGGGGACAAACCAUCCCCGAAGGAACGACUGUUUUCUCCAAGGCGGAGAACAGCAACAAACCAGGUGCACAUGGGUUCUCUUAGAAUUUGACUCUCAAUUUUUCUUUUCAAAACACCUUAUAGAACGUGUGAAUAUAUUUCAGUUCUUGCUGAGCUUCAUACCGAAACUUAUGACGUCCGGUGGAGCUCCGUCAUUGACAUUAGCUUGCACCAAAGAAGUAGUAACAUUUUGAGGUGACUGGAAAUGUUUUCUACUCUCAACAAAACAGUCAUUAACAGAUACUUGUGGGCCAAAUCGCAUUCUUUGCGGCGAGGCUAUGAAAAAGAAGCGGAAUGGACUGAUUCUUCGGCUGAGGUAUGAGUUUUCAUUUUAUUCUUUCGAAGGAAUGUUUUGAAGAUUUCUCACCUGAUCUUGGUUGUUCAUGGUAUUGGACAGAAAGGCUACGAGAACCUGAUUGCACAAAACGCGAACCAGUUAGCCAACAUGUUGAGAAGUGCCUUCAAAAUGGCUUUCUAGGGUUCGCGAUGGAGUGGUGUCUGCUAUGGAAAAGUGUUAUCCGGAUGAAAAAUCGAGGCCCAUGUUUCUUCCUGUCGAGUGGCGCGCCUCUUUAGUAUUGGGUUCGUUUUUCGCACUUUCUGACGACAAAUUUCUUCCAUUUUUCCGUGCCUAAAAAAAUUUCGACUCUUUUUCUUUUUUAUAUUCCAAAUAACGUUUAGAUAUGAGAAACCAAGAUGUAAUUUAUACAAGAAUAAUAAAAAAUUUUGUAAAUUCUUCAUCCUAUUUACCUCAGUUUAUUUCUUCUUUUUUUUUCUGCUCAUGGAUCUUGGAAAUUUUUUCCGAGCUUGCAUUUGAACGGGAAGCUGUUAUUCAUUCAAAAAAACGAGAUUUUAAUUAAUAGAAGGUUUUUUGAAAAGCGCUAAAAGGAAAGCUGCUCUUGUCUAUUUUUUUUUUGAGAUCAUCAAAAAACUGUUCAAUUUUGCAGACAAUGGAGUCACGGAUCUUCUAACGAUUCCGAAGAUGAGCUCGAUGCGAGCCUCAUUGAACAGUACGGCAAUGGACGUCAUGUAUUACCAGAGUCCGCUUUUCAGAACGGAGGUCUGGAAAUUUUCGACUUUUCAUAUUCUCAAUCGAUUUUUUUCUUAGAUCGUCCGAGGGGUGGUAACCCAGAUGAACCGUGUUUACAAGCUAUUCAAAGCCAACAAUCCGGAUUUCAAAGGACAUGUCUCGAUUUUCGGCCAUUCACUCGGUUCUGUCAUUUGCUACGACAUCUUGACAAAGUUUUCGCCAUUGGUCCUCUACGAUAAAUAUGUGACGAAAUCUGUUGUCAGUUUGGAUUCCAAUGGUCUUCUGUUCAUCUUUUCAUCUUUCAGGAUGAAUUCCUCGACGGCGUCAAGGAUGAUCCUUCUUGCCAGAAAGCACGAGAAGCUAUGGAAACUUUGAAGGAAGCCCGUCAAGCGUAGGUUUUGCAGAAUUUCGGUAGAGACCGCAAAUCAGUUUUCUGAUCUCAUACAAUUGCUUCACUUUUCGUUAUCAUCUUAUUUUUAAACGUUUAGUUUAAAGGAUUAGGUAGCAAAGCGAAAAAAAAAACUUUGAACUUUAAUUUUUGUUUCCACACCGUCACAACUUUUCAGAACUAAACAUUUCAAAGAAACUUUUAUUUGUUUUACUGGAACUUCCGAGCGCUAUUUGCAUCACGUUUUAAGUUUUAAAAAUAUUAUAUGCGUUACCACGGCACGUUCAUUAAGGCCUCUAUGGUCUCUAAAGCGAGUUUUUAAUUUACCAAUCACCGGAAUCAGAUCCCUUGCUAUUUUUUAUGUCUCUAGCUAGUAGUGAACUUUGCACUUUUCAUUGAGAGUUUGCUCAAAGUUCUUGUUUUUAGAGUUAUCGACAACCUGGAAGGUGGUAUGGAGAAGCUGCUGGUUACGAAAGAAGAACAGUUAGAUUUCAAGGUGAAAUCGCGUUUCAACCAGAAAUCAGGCUACUAAACAAGUAAAUUGUAGGUGAAGUACUUAUUUGCUGUUGGAAGCCCUCUUGCCGUCUUCCUGGUCAUGCGAAAUGCGAAUUCCUCCAACUUGAUGCCGUCCACGACGAACGUUUGAUGGAUUUUCAACGGAAAAUGAAAAAAUGUUCCUAUUUCUUAGGUUGAUCGCAUCUUCAACAUCUUCCAUCCUUACGACCCAGUCGCUUAUCGCUUGGAGCCAUUUUUUGCCCCCGAAUACCGACAUAUUCGACCGCUGAAGCUAUUUUCUUCUACUGACUUGCGAGGUGCCCCCUAAAUUUAUAAAGUAGAUCACACUUUCACUCUCAGGAAGGGCUUCCUAUGACUCUUUACCCCUGGAAGUUUACAAGCAGUACAUGAAAAAACUGAAGAACCAGAACAAAAAGAAAAAGGGCGAUAGUGGUGGCGACAAAUCGGUUGGUUUUUUGCGAUUUGUUCGAUUCAUAUUUCAUCCGGAUGCAGGUUGAUGCGAGAAGUGGAGGCGAUGACGAAAUCGACGAGGAGGACGAGUGUGAUUCUGACGACGAUGCUCGCUCUGGAUGUUCGAUUUCUCUUCUUUUGAAUAUACUUUACACCUGGUUAAACGCAUUUACCGCAUUUAACUUUUACCCAGAAUUGAGAAAAGGCCAAACAUUGCAAGUUAAUUUUGAAAAUUGUCACAACCCUGUGGGAGAGACUCUUAUAGAAUUUUAUCUUUAGAGGGACACUUAUUUUUGACUUCUGUAGAGCAAGUUAGAGACAUUUACAAUUUUUUGGAUAAAUUACGGUAAAAGCAUUUACUGCUUUCCUGCAUACGGCAUCAGAUGUAGAACGUUGCGAUUGGUACGUAUUCAAAUCUUUCAGGCAGCUCGCCACGAUCUUCGUCGCCGCCACCUGGCGAAAAUGGCAAAGAUGCGAAGGAAGCGAAAGCCAAAAAAGGCUGGUUUUCGUUUGGAUCGACGGCCUCGAAGAAGGCCGCCGCCACUGUUCCAGAGGCCGUCGUCGAGGUCGCUAAAGAAGCCGAAGUAAGAAACAACAAUAAGGAGAAAAUUAAAUUUCGAAAAUUUGUUACAGCAAGAACUGCCUCUGCCUGAAAGAAUUCUGGGCGGUGCGACGAGAGUUCCUCACCGCAUCGAUGUGCAAUUACAAGUGAUUUUUUUCGUUUGACUUCUUGUCAGAAUAGCUCGGAGAAUCAUCAAAAUGCUGGCUUUGAAUACAUUUAUUCUUCGUGACAUUUGGUUCGAAAUUCGAAGUUCAAAUUCCUUUUACGUAAUUUUGAACCCGUAGCCAUAUUAUUCAAUCUUCUCAUCGAUUCUUUGCAGCCGGCACUGACUGACAAAAGCUACUGGUCGGUGUUCAAGAGCCACUUUGCCUACUGGACAAACCCGGACCUCGCAUUGUUCAUCGCCAAUGUCCUUUACUGCAAACCCAUGAAGCCGGAGGAGGCAAAGUCUUCAUGGGCUUGA